GUUCCAUAUCCAAGUUUAUCUUUGCCGACCGCUUAAUUUUUUUGCAUGGGGAGCUGUUCUUCUAUCACUACUCAACAUUCACCUGUCACGAUGUUCCGCGUUACUGUCGGACGGUGCAUCGCCAAUGCGGGCUGCUCAAUCGCCUCGAGAUCCUUCAGUACAUCCCCAAUUGCUCAGGCAGCGGCGGAGGUGAAAAAGGUGGGAGUUAUCGGAGCUGGACAAAUGGGUCUGGGGAUUGCGCUAGUUGCCGCCCAAAAGGCUGGCGUGCCCGUAACCCUGAUUGAUAACUCCCAAGCUUCUAUCGAUAAAGGGCUGAAAUUUGCAGAUAAACUACUUGAGAAAGACGUCGCAAAGGAGCGUAUUACCAGAGACCACGCCACCCAAAUCCGCUCGAUGAUCAAACCCAGCACCAACCUCUCCGACCUCGAAGACGUAGACUUCGUAAUAGAAGCCGUUCCCGAAAUCCCAGCGCUCAAGUCAUCCAUUUUCGCCCAACUGGCUGAAAUCGCUCCCUCACACGCCAUCCUUGCCACAAAUACCUCCUCCAUCUCCAUCACCAAGAUCGCCGCUGCAACCACCAAGAACCCUACAGACCUGUCUGCCUCGUCGCGAGUUAUCUCCACCCACUUCAUGAACCCCGUCCCCGUCCAGAAGGGCGUGGAAAUUAUCACGGGCCUACAGACGUCCCAGGAAACCAUUGACACUACCAUGGAGUUCGUCAAACGCAUGGGCAAGAUCCCGGCCCGCUCCACCGAUUCUCCUGGCUUCCUAGCCAAUCGUAUCCUCAUGCCAUAUGUCAAUGAAGCGAUCAUGUGUCUGGAGAACGGUAUUGGCACUAAGGAAGAUAUCGACAGCAUCAUGAAGUACGGCACCAAUGUGCCAAUGGGCCCGCUGACCCUGGCUGAUUUCAUUGGUUUAGAUACGUGCUUGGCUAUUAUGAAUGUGCUGCAUACCGAGACUGGCGAUAGCAAAUAUCGGCCUGCAGGAUUGUUGAAGAAGAUGGUUGAUGCUGGUUGGAUGGGCAAAAAGUCCUCCAAAGGGUUCUAUGAUUAUUGAUUGUUUUGGGAGAUGGUAGGUGGGAUGACGUUGGCUGUUUUUCGACAUCCAAUGUAUUGGGUCAGAAACUCGGCCUCUGGAACAACGUUUCUUUUUCGACCCGGUGCAUGGACAACAUGUAUAUAAAAAUAAAGAUUUACAAUCCGCUAUGUUUUAUAUAGUCAUUCAUUUGUCCUAAUACCCUCAUCCAACCCAGCUUGUCUUAUGGGUCACCAGUGACAUCAUUCAUUCAUACACAUUGUU